AUAGACUGACUUUAGAUAUGAAAGUGAAGUCAAAGUAAAGCACAUGUCGUGUCCUGUCUUUGCUUUUUAGUACUCAAUCUCUUCAUUAUCUUUCACUUAUGUCUUCAAUUUUGAUCAUUAAGUUAAUAAUAUAAUCACCAAUUGGUGACUAAAAUCAAAUGAUCUAAUUGUCGGACUUUAGUCUAAUUGACUAAAAAAUAUGUAUUUAUAUAAUCUAACACUUCAGCGGUCGUCAGGCAUUGUCUGUGCAGUUCACGGAAGUUUUGCCGGAACUAAACAACAGGAAAUAGCUGUCGCCAGAGGAAAGGUGUUGGAACUGAUCCGACCCGAUGUCAAUACCGGCAAAAUUCACAUCUUAUUGUCGGUUGAAGUGUUUGGUAUAAUCCGAUCAAUGCUUGCCUUUCGUUUGACCGGUGGCUCCAAAGAUUAUCUUGUAAUUGGAUCAGAUUCAGGACGUAUUGUUAUUUUGGAGUAUUUGCCAAAUAAAAAUGUCUUCGAUAAGGUCCAUCAGGAAACGUUUGGUAAGAGUGGUUGUCGACGUAUAGUUCCCGGACAAUACUUGGCUACUGAUCCAAAAGGAAGGGCUGUUAUGAUUAGUUCCGUAGAGAAGCAAAAGUUAGUAUAUAUUCUUAAUCGAGACGCCAGCGCACGACUGACUAUAUCCUCACCACUAGAGGCACACAAAUCAAAUACAUUUGUUUUUCAUUCGGUUGGCAUUGAUGUGGGCUUUGAGAACCCUAUGUUUGCCUGUCUUGAGAUGGAUUACGAAGAAGCAGAUAGCGAUCCUACCGGCGAAGCGGCACAACUGACGCAACAGACGUUAACUUUCUAUGAGUUGGAUUUGGGUCUCAAUCAUGUGGUUCGUAAAUACAGUGAACCUCUUGAAGAACACGCAAACUUUCUAAUUACAGUUCCCGGAGGUACUGAAGGUCCGUCUGGCGUUCUUAUCUGUUCCGAGAAUUACGUGACGUAUAAGAAUUUUGGAGAUCAACCGGAUAUAAGAUGUCCUAUACCUCGUCGUCGUAACGAUUUAGAUGAUCCCGAAAGGGGAAUGAUAUUUGUCUGCUCUGCCACUCACAAGACUAAGUCAAUGUUUUUCUUUUUGGUUCAGACAGAACAGGGAGAUGUUUUCAAAAUAACACUCGAAACCGAUGAAGAUAUGGUGACUGAAAUUAAACUUAAAUACUUUGAUACCGUUCCUGUUUCUGCCAGUCUUUGUGUAUUAAAGACUGGAUUUCUUUUUGUUGGUUCAGAGUUUGGCAAUCAUUAUCUCUACCAAAUCGCACAUUUAGGUGAUGAUGACGACGAACCAGAGUUCAGUAGUUCUAUGCCUUUAGGUGAAGGCGAGACAUUCUUUUUUUCUCCCCGUCCGCUAAAAAAUUUAGUAUUAGUCGACGAAACAGAAUCUUUGUCACCAAUAAUGCACUGUCAGAUUGCUGAUGUGGCCAAUGAAGACACUCCUCAAGUUUUAGCUGCUUGUGGUAGAGGUCCGAGAUCGACAUUACGGGUAUUGAGACACGGAUUGGAAGUGUCAGAAAUGGCUGUUUCAGAACUACCCGGUAUUCCGAACGCUGUCUGGACAGUCAAAAAGCGAGCCGACGAUGACUUUGAUUCUUAUAUUGUCGUCUCAUUUAUUAAUGCAACACUUGUGCUGUCAAUUGGAGAAACUGUUGAAGAAAUAACAGAUUCAGGAUUUUUAGGAACUACACCAACGCUUUCGUGCGCACAGAUCGGUGACGACGCACUCGUCCAGAUAUAUCCCGACGGCAUUCGUCACAUUAGAGCUGAUAAGAGAGUCAAUGAAUGGCGAACUCCCGGCAAAAAGCAUAUCACGAGAUGUGCGAUAAAUCAUAGACAAGUUGUCAUUGCUUUAACUGGCGGUGAAAUUGUCUACUUUGAAAUGGAUAUUAGCGGACAAUUGAAUGAAUAUACCGAUAGAAAAGACAUGAAUUGUGAUGUCAUUUGUAUGGCUUUGGGUGAAGUUCCGUCUGGAGAACAGAGAUCCAGAUUUUUGGCGGUUGGUUUGUCGGAUAAUACAGUCAGAAUUAUAUCAUUAGAUCCAACGGAAUGUUUGUCUCCUUUAUCAAUGCAAGCAUUACCCGCAACUCCUGAGUCAUUAUGUAUUGUCGAAAUGGGAGCUAAAACUGAUGGCAAAGCAACAGGCCGUCUGUAUCUUAAUGUUGGUCUUCAAAAUGGUGUGCAUUUGAGGACAGUUCUCGAUGAGGUUACGGGAGACUUAUCUGAUACCCGAACUCGAUAUCUGGGAACGCGACCAAUCAAACUAUUUCGGGUACAAAUGCAAGGAAGUGAAGCACUUCUGGCAAUGUCGAGUCGUUCGUGGCUCUGUUAUUACCAUCAAAAUCGAUUCCAUUUAACGCCAUUGUCUUAUGAAAUGUUGGAAUACGCUUCUGGUUUCUCAUCAGAACAAUGUCCUGAAGGCAUAGUUGCCAUCUCAGGUAAUACAUUGAGAAUUUUGGCGCUCGAGAAGUUGGGAGCAGUUUUCAAUCAACAAACCAUUCCUCUUGAAUACACUCCUAGAAAAUUUGCAAUACAUCCUGAAAGCGGUUAUUUGAUAAUCAUUGAAACUGAACACAACGCUUAUUCACAGAAAAAUAAACGAAUCCGAAAACAAGAGAUGGCAGAGGAAAUGGUAGAAGCGGCAGGUGAUGAUGAACAGGAACAGGCGGCUGAAAUGGCAGCUGCUUUUCUCAGUGAAGAUCUACCAGAAAGUAUGUUCGGAGCCCCGAAGCCUGGUCUGGGACAUUGGGCGUCUAUUAUACGAAUACUUGAUCCCAUUAGUGGACAAACACUUCAUAAAAUAGAGUUGGAACAAAAUGAAGCCGCUUUUAGCAUUGCAUUGUGUCGAUUCAUUGGACAGGGAGACGUGCCAUUCAUAUUAGUCGGUGUCGCCAAAGAUCUUCAUUUAAAUCCUCGUGAAUGUAAUGGAGGUACUAUUCAUACCUAUAGGCUCGUAGAUGAAGGUAAACGUCUUGAAUUGGCUCACAUAACACCUGUUGAAGACGUACCACAUGCUAUCUGCCCUUUUCAAGGAAGAGUUGUCAUAGGAGUGGGAAAAUUGUUGAGAAUCUAUGAUUUGGGAAAAAAGAAAUUAUUGAGAAAAUGUGAGAAUAAGACUAUAAAUAAUAUGAUUGUUGUUAUCAGUGCGAUGGGAAGUCGUUUAUAUGUUGGAGACGUACAGGAAAGCUAUUAUUUUGUAAGAUAUAAACGAUCCGAAAAUCAAUUAAUUGUUUUCGCUGAUGACUCGAUUCCUCGUUGGGUUACAUCUAUGUGUGUAUUAGACUACGACACACUCGCCGGUGCCGAUAAGUUUGGCAAUGUUGUAGUCAUACGUUUACCGCAAGGUAUUAACGAUGAGGUGGAUGAAGAUCCAACUGGUGUCAAGUCAUUAUGGGACAGAGGAUGGUUAGGAGGUGCCUCCCAAAAGGCUGAUAUAUUGUGUAACUUUCAUGUCGGAGAAAUAAUUUUAUCGAUGCAAAGGGCAACUCUGAUUCCGGGCUUAUCGGAAGCGCUGAUUUAUACUACUAUUUCGGGCACUAUUGGUGUUUUAGUGCCGUUUACAUCACACGAAGAUCAUGAUUUUUUCACACAUUUAGAAAUGCAUAUGCGCUCUGAAAACGGACCGUUAUGUGGAAGGGAUCACCUCUCAUUCAGAUCAUACUAUUAUCCGGUCAAAAAUGUCAUCGAUGGCGAUCUCUGCGAACAAUUUAAUUCAAUCGAUGCACCGAAACAAAAGAGUAUUGCCGAAGAUAUGGAUAGAAUUCCAGCUGAGGUAUCAAAGAAAUUAGAGGACAUUAGAACUCAAUACGCCUUUUAAUUCAUAUGUUUAUUGAUUAUAUAACACAUUAAUGUACAAAAAUGAAAGGAAUAACUUUUGGUGACCGGAUUGUGGCCAGUAUUGCAUUACGACAGGCGCUCUUCAAUGA